GGCUUUUAGUUGCAGACAGGAGUGCUUUGUCCUUGUGUGAGAUUCCAAAGCAGGGCAAUCCAUGAAGGCAACACUGCGAUACUUAGCAGGCAUUGCUGGCCCAAGUGGUUUCGGCUCAAAUUCAACAGCCGAACAAGUCACUCAAGAUUUCUCUUCCUUGCUCCCUUCAAAUCUAACCGCUCUCAUCACUGGUGCGACUUCUGGAAUCGGAGCGGAAACAGCAAGAGUGUUGGCAAAAAGAGGAGUGAGAGUGGUGAUUGGUGCGAGGGACUUGAAAAAGGCGAGGGAAGUGAGAGAGAAAAUUCAAAAGGAGAGUCCUGGUGCUGAGGUUAUUCUGCUGGAGAUCGAUCUUAGCUCUUUUGCUUCUGUACAGAGAUUUUGCUCAGAGUUUUUAGCUUUAGAAUUGCCCCUUAAUAUUCUCAUAAACAAUGCAGGAAUGUACUCUCAGAACUUGGAAUUCUCCGAAGACAAAAUCGAAAUGACAUUUGCUACAAAUUACUUAGGACAUUUUUUGUUAACGAAAAUGCUGGUAGAGAAAAUGAUAGAUACGGCAAAGAAGUCAGGCAUUGAAGGAAGAAUAAUAAACGUUUCUUCUGUGAUUCAUAGCUGGGUGAAAAGAUCCACGUUUUGUUUCAACGACAUGCUCUGCGGAAAAAAUUAUAAUGGCACACGCGCAUAUGCUCAGUCAAAACUGGCAACAAUUCUGCAUGUGAAGGAAGUGGCAAGACAACUGCAGGAAAGGAAUGCAAAGGUAACGAUUAACGCAGUGCAUCCAGGAAUUGUGAAGACGGGAAUUAUCAGGGCGCAUAAGGGCUUGAUAACGGAUUCCCUGUUUUUCAUUGCAUCCAAGUUACUGAAAUCGAUAUCACAGGGAGCAUCAACGACGUGUUAUGUUGCGCUAAGUGGAAAAACGGAAGGAGUGAGUGGAAAAUAUUUUACAGAUUGUAACGAGAGUAACUGCUCGAGUCUUGCAAACGAGGAAUCAGAAGCAAAAAAGCUAUGGAAUGAUACCUAUGCAUUGCUUCACAAACGGUUACGUCAAGCAACAAAUUGAAACACUUUUUUACCCAUUUUCUAUACUUCAUGCUCUUUCACACCGUGUCAAUAUUUGUAAUUAAUUAUCUUUUCACGUUAAAUAGCACCCAUUACAGAGUUCUAAAAGAGUAGCCCAAAACGACAUAUAUUGUACAAAUUAGUUACCAAAUAAAUUCCCACAAUUUUUAGUAAAACUACCAAAAAAAAAUGUGGCAUUGCU